AUGGAGUACUUGGGUGGCGGCUCGGCCCUGGACUUGAUGAAGGCCGGUAACUUCGAGGAAAUGCAUAUCGCAGUGAUAUUGCGCGAGGUGCUCAAAGGGCUGGAUUAUCUUCACAGCGAACGGAAGCUUCAUCGCGAUAUUAAAGCUGCAAACGUCUUACUGAGCGAAAUGGGCGACGUAAAGUUGGCCGAUUUCGGCGUUGCUGGACAAUUGACCAACACGACCAGCAAACGAAACACUUUCGUGGGGACGCCGUUCUGGAUGGCACCGGAAGUCAUCAAGCAGGCCUCCUACGAUUCGAAGGCUGACAUUUGGUCGCUGGGCAUCACGGCGAUCGAAUUGGCCAAGGGAGAACCACCGAACAGCGAGCUGCAUCCUAUGAGGGUCCUAUUCCUCAUACCGAAGAACAAUCCGCCCCAAUUAACCGGAAAUUACACGAAGCAAUUCAAGGAAUUCGUCGAGGCCUGUCUCAACAAGGACCCGGAAAACAGGCCAACGGCGAAAGAGCUGCUAAAGUUCCAGUUCAUCAGGAAGGCGAAGAAAAACUCGUACCUGAUCGACCUCAUAGACAGAUACAAAAAGUGGAAGUCGCAGCGCAGCGAGGAAUCCGAAACCGAGAGCGAAAAUUCAGACUCGGAGGAGUCGAAGCAGGAUAGCGAUAUGGACGAGCCAUGGAUAAUGACCGUGAAAGGUCCACACGGGGUUAAAGGUUCCGUGGUGCCUAUGCUAUCGCUCGACGAGCAGACAGCCUCGUUGACCCUCACACACACACCGAAUCACAGAUCCACGAAUCACAAUCAACAAACGAAGCCACACGCGAAUGGUGCCUCGAGAUCUCCACCGAAAGAUUCCACGUUGAAUCAUUACAGGAGCGAGUCGAGGGACUCUGUGCGCGAUGGCCAAACGAAACACACGCCGUCCCGACCGCACGAGGCUGCGCCACCGCCGCCCGUGGACACGCGAGAGAAACGAGAGGACCGAGAUUACCGGGACUUUAAUCGGGAUUCCUCGUUGAGGGAGUUGAAGGAGAUGCGUGAUAGCAGAGACAGCAGGGACAGGGAACGUGAUAGAGAAGGAAGAGAAAGGGAGAGGGACAGGGACAGGGACAGGGAUAGGGAUAGGGACAGAGACAGGGAAAGAGAGUUCAAUGCGAAGGAAAAGAGGAACAGUAAACCGGAUGUACCUGUCGUACCUAUGGUGGACCAUAGGCCCGGUGAAGAUAAACAGAGGCCAAGGAGCUCGCAGGAACUCAAACAUCCGCGGAGCGCGGUUCUUUCCGGUGUUGUUUUACCUCUCCUUUCCGAGAAUCGACACGCUGAAGAGAUGGAAAAAUUGACUCUUUGUUCUACCUACGUUUGUAUUGUAACGCAGCUUCAACGGAAGCAUCAAUAUUCGGCAAGAGACAAUAAUGGCGAGGGCGGAAGCGGCAUUGGCAAGAACGGUGGCGCGAUAGAGGAACUACGCAGUGCAUUCGAGACAGCGGAACGCACUUCGCCAGGAAUGACAGAGGCUCUUAUCAAGGAACUCAUUAAGUCUUUACUUCCUGCCAAUCACUCGGAGGGUUGUUUGUAUAUGCUGAUGGAAAAAGUAGUCCUUAGGUGACCAUUUAAACUUUCUCAAUCUGCUUUUUCAUUUGCAAAUCACUUUAUUCCUCUUCGAGGAUUUUUGUCGCGUUAGGAGAACCAUUACUGUACUGUUUUAGUAUUCCAAUUUGUUAACCGAAAUCGUACUUUAAUCAAGAAUUAAUCUUGAAAGUUCUGUUAAGAAUUUGACCAUUUCACUUAAUAGAAUUGCAAACUUCCAGAUAUAUUUUCAGAUUGAUUUCAAAUUUUACUAAUACAAUCAUAAAGCGAGUUUGUCAAUUACAUCUUGUACAAUAAUAUUUCCAGUGUUCAAAUACUUUUCUAAGUCAUUGUACGUUCAAAAAAAUUAAGAAUUUUAAAAAUUUCUCGGUUAACAGGUUAACAAUCGUUACAUUCAUCUUUUUAGCAUCAAUCAUUCGUCAGAAUAUGAAAUGUAAUUCUUCUUUUUUUUUCAGGGAUACGUAG